CUUCCGAAUGCCGAUGCGUACAGAUUUCUGGAAACAUCCAAUAAAAAUUAUCCAACGACGUUCGUACGUUUGUCGUAUUGUCGUUUGUGAAUUUUCGUUUUAUCACUCACUCGCACACACCGUCUCUGUGGAGCUUGGAUCCAGCCGUCCUCAUGUCCAAACAGACCUACCGUGUGUGCUUCUGUUGCCGUCGCCGGUUCCAUGUAUCCGUAUCGGAGGCGCCGGAGGAGAUUAAGUCUUUGUUUGAUCAGUACUCGGAGAGUGGCAUCAUGACCGUUGAUCAUCUCCGACGCUUCUUGAUUGAGGUCCAGCAAGAAGCCAAUGUCACCAGAGAGGACGCCCAAGCUAUUUUUGAUGGGUUGCGUGAGUUCAAACAUUUGACCAUUCAUCAUCGAAGGGGCCUCAAUCUUGAGGCUUUCUUUAAGUACCUCUUUGGUGAUGCCAAUCCUCCGCUCUCUCCUUCCAUUGGGGUACACCAUGACAUGACUGCUCCUUUGUCUCAUUACUUCAUAUAUACGGGCCACAAUUCAUAUUUAACUGGAAAUCAGCUUAAUAGUGACUGCAGUGAUGGCCCUAUCAUACAAGCCUUGCAAAGAGGUGUGAGAGUAAUAGAAUUGGAUAUAUGGCCCAAUUCAAAGAAGGAUAACGUGGAUGUUCUUCAUGGAGGGACACUUACUGCUCCGGUGGAACUUAUUAGAUGUUUGAAGUCUAUCAAGGACCAUGCCUUUGUUGAAUCUGAGUAUCCAGUUGUUAUCACCCUAGAAGACCACCUUACUCCAGACCUGCAGGCCAAAGUUGCUGAGAUGGUGACUCAAACAUUUGGAGAUAUCCUGUUUACCCCUGGCUCAGAAAUCUUAAAGGAGUUCCCCUCUCCUGAAUCACUGAAGAGACGAAUUAUCAUAUCAACGAAGCCACCAAAAGAAUACCUCGAGGCCAAAGAAGCUAAGGAAAAAGAGAAUGCUGCUCAAAAGGGUAGCGGUGCAGCUGAUGAAGAAGCAUGGGGCAAAGAAGUGCCAAACCUUAAAUGUGUGGACCAUGUGCCUAGUACCAUUGACAAGGAUGAUUUGGAUGAAGGAGAUGACAACGAUAAUGAAGACGAUAAGUCCCAGCAUUAUGCUGCACCAGAGUAUAAACAUUUAAUUGCUAUUCAUGCUGGGAAGCCCAAAGGUGGACUAAAGGAAUGUUUGAAGGUUGAUCCUGAUAAAGUGAGACGUCUUAGCUUAAGUGAGCAACAGCUUGAAAAGGCUGUAGGAACUUAUGGAAAAGAUAUUGUCAGGUUUACUCAGCGAAAUAUUCUCAGGGUAUACCCUAAGGGUAUUCGCAUUGACUCAUCAAAUUACAACCCACUUAUUGGUUGGUCACAUGGGGCUCAGAUGGUUGCCUUUAAUAUGCAGGGAUAUGAUAGGUCUCUCUGGUUGAUGCAUGGAAUGUUCAGAGGCAAUGGCGGGUGUGGCUAUGUUAAGAAACCAGAUUUUCUUUUGAAGGCUGGCCCUCAUAAUGAGGUCUUUGAUCCAAAAGUUAGUUUACCUGUGAAAACAACCUUGAAGGUGAUCGUAUAUAUGGGUGACGGAUGGUAUCGCGAUUUUCCCCACACUCACUUUGAUGCAUAUUCCCCUCCAGAUUUUUAUGCAAGAGUAGGGAUUGCUGGAGUUCCCGCUGAUACUGUAAUGAAGAAAACAAGGACCCUAGAGGACAACUGGAUACCUGCUUGGAAUGAGGACUUUGAGUUCCCCCUAACUGUUCCAGAACUUGCUUUGCUUCGGAUUGAAGUUCAUGAGUAUGACAUGUCUGAAAAGGAUGACUUUGGAGGCCAAACAUGCUUACCUGUUUCCGAGUUACGUAGGGGGAUUCGUGCAGUUCCCCUCCAUGACCAGAAGGGGGAAAAGUACAAAUCGGUGAAGCUUCUUGUGCGUUUGGAAUUCAUUUGAUGCUUAUUAUCAGUUCUUGUCCAUAAGAUCUGGGAGAGAAGUACAAAGUUGUGAAGCCAUUUUUAAUUUGUCUAUAUUGUUGUGUUGUGUGGUUGCUUCUUGUUUAUCUAUGCAUAAAUGAGUAUUCUGCGUUGCUGUUAUAUGUUUGAGGAGCUGCCAAAAUAUUUGUGCUGUAAUUCUAAUAUGUAAUAUGACGAUAAUCUUAUCUGUA